AUGACCAUGAAUGAAAUAAUUCAAGCAACAUCCCAGGACGUUGACCUCCAAAUGGCCAUUAAAUAUGUCAAAUCUGGAAACUGGAAUAACCCAAGCAAAAACAAAAUCAUUGAUACCCUGUCACGCUGCAAAAACGAGCUGUCGGUAGUAAAUCUUCAAAAUGGUGAAAUUCUGCUGCAUGAGUCCAGGAUUGUUAUCCCUAGGCAAUUACAAGAUAAAGUGAUAUCAUUAGCUCAUGAGGGUCAUCAGGGAAUUGUUAAAACCAAACAAUUAUUAAGAGAGAAAGUGUAUUUCCCAGGCAUGGAUCAAUUAGUAGAAGCAAAAUGCAAAAGUUGCAUUCCGUGUCUAGCAGCAACAAAUAAAAAGACUCAAGAACCGCUGCAAAUGAGUGAAAUGCCAAAAUAUGCGUUUCAGGUAGUUAGCUUGGACUUUUGUGGACCAUUUCCAGAUGGAAAGUAUUUACUCGUGCUAAUGGAUGAAUACUCACGUUUCCCGUUCGUUGAAGUACUUAAUUCAAUCACAGGCAACACAGUGAUUCCUGUGCUAGACAAAUUUUCUCAGAAGCAGGGAUUCCAGAAGUGUUAA